AUGACUUCUCUCACAGUUGAAUCUGUUCCUCUGGUGGAACUGGAUAAACUCCAAGAUGAGCGCUCGAAGACUCUGCAUGCACUGUUCAGGCAGAAUCAUCGGGAUUUGGCCUUGUUGCGCGAGCCAAGGCUGAUCUUCCAUUCUCAUAUGCCUCAUAUGCUCGGAUCGGCCUAUUUACUUGGCUUUUCGGAGGAGAAAUUGGUCGAGAUGUAUCAGAGUGAAGCAGCGGGGCUGAAGCCAACCAACGUUGGAUUCAUUCAAAAUGGAAUCACCAAAAACAACUGGACAGAGUUUCUCCAUAAGAAAAAAUAUACUGUCGCCUAUACCAACUUCUUCGAUGAGAGAUUGGCGGACUUGAACGGAGACUGGAAGGCGCUGCUUCAUGAAUAUCUUUUCACAUCUCCCGAACCAUUGAUAAAUGGGUAUACGGGCGGUCUCGGCCAUCCAUUCAUCCACCUCGCAUACGCAUACGAGUUCAACAGUCCUGAAAUCGCCACCGAAGCACUUAGCAUGGGAUGCACCGAGAAGGACAAAACGCACGUAUUCUUGGACACCGAACAGCCAGAUACCUCGACGUACAAGUCGUCUUCGAUUAGCGACAUCCUCGUCCGCGUACAGCAAGACGAACGAUUUGCGAAUCUCUCUGAGUUCCCUGGAUUCGCCAACAUUGCCACCAUUUUUGCAAAGGCAAUGCCUGCAUUCCUGGAACACUGGAAUGCGUGGGAUAUCACCGAUCCAAACGUGCAGUUCGAGGAAGCGCUAGACACGGCCACGAAGCUCCUCAUGGGAACCAGCAAUGGGAAUGGCGAGUACGAUUUUUACCUCGCGCACACACUAACAGUCGGACACGCCAUUCGAGUCCUUCUCCCCCAUUUCCCCGUGGAGCAUCACAUCUCCGUCCUUCGACAGUUCUGGAUCUUCGUGCUCUACUGCUUCAUCGCGCAGCUUCGACCGUCAUUUCAGACAGAUUGGUUGCAAACUGUCGAUCUCAAAGGUCGGGACUGGGCGUGGGUGAGUGCGCAAGGUGCAAUUGGGCCUCUUUCCAAUGACUGCCACCGCGUCAAGGUCUUGCGUGCCUUUAAGAUGAUGGAGGAGACUUGGGGGGCAAAGGAGGGUCGGUACUUGACUGCUGCGGUGAAGUAUGUAGAUGAAUUUUCUGGAUGGACUGGAUUUGGGAGGGGGGUUGAGGGUCUUGUGGUAGAAGAGUAA